CUAUAAGUGGAAAACUCUAUAUGAGAACAUAUGUGGACAGGACCGGGGGUUCUGGUCGAACACUGAUCCAUUCUGCUCCGGUCACAAGUUGACUGGUCGCCAGAGGGCAGUGCGCGUGCGCGCGCGGCUGGCAUACGUCGUCAGGGCUGAAGCCAAUCGACGUGCUCGCGGGGUCGCGAGGGGAACAAGCGCGCGCGAAUGGCACCGAGAGGAGCCGAGCGGCGGCUCGACGGACAGCGGACUCAUCCCGACCGGAGGAUACCCGAGCGAAGGAGCACUCAGAGCGAAGACAAAAAAACAAGGUCGACAACCUGCUGACUCAGAUUCCCGAUCAGCCUGUCGCCGCCGCUUCAAGGAGAACAGCCUCAUCCUGGUACCAGUGAGGCUGCCCAAAGCAGUAGAAGCUCUGCUUCUUUCUGAGAGAUCUACCGCGGAUGGUCUGUUUGAGCGUCCCAGGAUGAAGAAAAGCAGGAGUGCCCAGGGUGUCACGCCAGGUGAUGAGAACUUGGAUCUGUCUGUGGGCCAAUUUUCAGCAAGCAACACCCUUGGGGUGGAAGUGUGCAAAGUCCACCGUCGGUUUUCUGGCAACCUGCAGUUGCCUCCGUUGUCAUGGCGACAGGCGGAGAAGGAGAGGGACAGGGGCAGGCCGCUGACACCCGAGGAAGACCCCGUGACCCGGACCAGACCCACAAGCCUGCCAAUCGCCUCUCUGCCCCGCAUCGACAUCACGCAGGCCGACCCGGACAGCUUGGAAGUUGAGAAUGGCCCCUCCCUGUGCUGCAGUCCUUCAGAUCUGCAGGCGUCCCCGGGUUCAGGUCUGGUUCUGCACCCCAGCCUGGCGGCUCACGGCCAGAGAAGAGAGUCCUUCUUAUAUCGUUCUGACAGCGACUACGAACUCUCUCCUAAGUCCUUGUCUCGAAACUCCUCAAUUGUAGGAGAACUACAUGGAGAGGAUUUGAUCGUGACACCAUUUGCCCAGGUUCUGGCGAGCCUUCGGACUGUUAGAAACAAUUUCACCACCUUGACAAAUGUACAGUGUACAUCAAAUAAAAGAUCUCCAGCAUCAAACCAGCCCUGUUCCACCAAAGUCUGUCUUUCAGAUGAGUCCUACCAGAAGCUGGCCAUGGAGACCAUGGAGGAGCUGGACUGGUGUCUGGACCAGUUGGAGACCAUUCAAACCUACAGGUCCGUCAGCGACAUGGCUUCAAAUAAGUUCAAGAGGAUGCUGAACCGGGAGCUGAGCCACCUGUCAGAAAUGAGCCGCUCAGGCAACCAAGUGUCUGAGUACAUCUCCAACACCUUCUUAGACAAGCAGAACGAGCUGGAGCUUCCAUGUCCGGUUCAGAAGUCGAGGGAGAGGAAGAGGAGGCAGGGCCAGCAGCAGCAGCCCGGGGGGAUGAUGACACAGAUCAGCGGGGUGAAAAAGGUCAGCAACGCCACCAGCAUCACCGGGGGAAGCACAAACCGCUUCGGGGUCAAGACGGACCAAGAGGAGCUGCUGUCAAAGGACCUGGAGGACAUCAACAAAUGGGGACUGAAUAUCUUCAGAGUGGCGGAGCAUUCCCACAACCGGCCCCUCACAUGCACCAUGUUCACCAUCUUUCAGGAGCGAGACCUGAUGAGGACGUUUAAGAUUCCAACCGACACAUUUGUGACGUUCAUGCUAACCCUGGAGAGCCACUAUCACUCAGACGUGGCGUACCACAACAGCCUCCACGCUGCAGACGUGGCCCAGUCCACCCACAUCCUCCUGUCCACGCCCGCUUUGGAUGCCGUCUUCACUGAUCUGGAGAUCCUGGCAGCCAUUUUCGCUGCAGCUAUUCAUGAUGUGGAUCACCCAGGAGUUUCCAACCAGUUCCUCAUCAACACCAACUCUGAGCUGGCUCUGAUGUACAACGAUGAGUCAGUCCUGGAGAACCACCACCUGGCUGUGGGCUUCAAGCUGCUGCAGGAGGAGAACUGCGACAUUUUCCAGAACCUCACCAAGAAGCAGAAGCAGACCCUCCGGAGGAUGGUCAUAGACAUGGUUCUGGCGACCGACAUGUCGAAACACAUGAGUCUGCUGGCCAACCUGAAAACCAUGGUGGAAACCAAGAAGGUGACGAGCUCCGGCGUGCUGCUGCUGGACAACUACACAGACAGGAUGCAGGUGCUGCGGAACAUGGUCCACUGUGCUGACCUGAGCAACCCCACCAAGCCUCUGGAUCUGUACCGGCAGUGGACGGACCGGAUCAUGGAUGAGUUCUUCCACCAGGGAGACAGAGAGCGGGAGAGGGGGAUGGAGAUCAGCCCCAUGUGUGACAAAAACACGGCUUCAGUGGAGAGGACUCAGGUUGGCUUCAUAGAUUACAUUGUCCACCCUCUGUGGGAGACGUGGGCAGAUCUGGUCCACCCCGAUGCCCAGGACAUCCUGGACACUCUAGAGGACAACAGGAACUGGUACCAAAGCAUGAUCCCUCAGAGCCCCUCCCCUCCCUUCUACACCAGCGACGGAGAAGGAAGCCAGCACGAGGACAGUGAGGGGAGAUCUGUGGAGAGUAAAUUUCAGUUCGACCUCUCAAUGGACAGCCAGGACAGCCAAGCUGGACACACAGACCACGGGACGACGGACACGGCUGUGAUGUGCGACCACAUAAACAGAGAGGGCGUCUCGGAGGGCGUGGAGACGACGACACGCGAUGUCUCCCCCGCGGAAACAUAGCCGAACCCGCCGCCGCGUGAAGAGGGCAACAGUCGCGUCUGAAAUUGUUUUUAUUGCAGUGGAGCAAUCCUGCAAAUCUGGCUUUUUGAAGCUGCCAGGCUUAAAGGGUCUGAUUGAAUGUGAGGAGCCCCUGCAAAGGAGGCGUAGAAACCCCGUGGCCAUUUGUUUUGGAGCGCCCAAAUCGAGGGGUAGAGGAGGCACGCCUGAAUCUACGUCGCUGCAGACGAAGAAUCUAACGAUGGUAUGAACUUGGAAAAGUAAAACUUCCAAACUUCUUGCACUUCCGGACAUUUUUCUCUAUAUGUGGAACAUUUCCAACGUCUUCUGACUGGAUAACACAUGGUGGCGUCUAACUACUGGUCACUUUGAACCAAGUAGUUUUUUUAACACUUGUCUAAAAGUAACUGUGUGCCUUUUAUUUUUUUUUUUACAACCACAUCUGUUUUUAUUUAGUGUUUUGUAAUUUAUUGAAUCCAUUCCUGUAGCUGUAAAGUGUGUCCAACUUCUACAAGGUGACAUACUGGUUUUUUUUUUUUUUUUGGUCUCUCUCAGUCUUCCUAAUGUUCUGGCAAUAGUAUAAGCUUAUUCUCACGAAAGUGUUCAGUGGAUUUUUCUCAGAAAAUCAGUUGACUUCCCAGCACGAUUUGCACUUUGUGGAACACUGUAUAAUGAGGACAGCACGACCGGACUCACAUCAAACCAAAUCAUUAACUCUAGCUUUUCCAAAUAUGUUUUUUUACUGACAGUAAGCGGUUAAAAAAUAAUUAAUCUAAAUUCUAAACUUCCAAAGACGUCUUUGGUCCAAAAGUGACAAUUCCAGCUACAAAAUCAAACUCUUGUUUUUAAAUGCAUUUAAUUUUUUGGUGGGUGGAAACAAAGGAAAGCCAAAUUUCCAUCAUCAAAACCGGCUUGAAAUCCCAGGUUUUUGCCCUGAGGCUUUUCCUGCCCCCACCCCCGUAAUUCCACCCAUUCUGCUCACACACCUGUUGUGCGGUCGGCAGCCAUUCCCCCCGAUACGCUUCACAACGUGACUCAUGUUGAGCUUUGAACGACUGUGGGCACAAUCCUGUCGGGUUUUUAGUUGUUUUUGUUUUUUUGGCAGCACCUUGAAUUGCAGUCCUGCAGCUGGUUGCAGAGCUGCCAACACUUCCUUAAAGGUACCGCAGUGUAUGCUGAAGGUAGCGUGUGUGUGCGUGUGCGUGAGAAUGAAUUUUCCAGUGGUCACGGAGUCGCACAAUCUUGUCUCACCCAGUUGUGUUGUGCUGACAGUUAAUGGUGUAUUUAUUUCAUUUUUCUUGUAUAUGAAAAUACUGAUUGCUAAUAUUCACUGUACAUUUGUCAUUAUUUAUAUGCACUACCACGGCAAUUAUGGUUUGACUGAACACGUCUUGUGGUAUUUAGUAAAGUAUUUUGCUAUAACAAGAAGUUCUGAGACCUUGGGUUUCGUACUCCAGCCAGUUUGUAAAGUCAACUACCCCUUUGUGCGAGGUGCAGCACCGCCCCCUUUUUUCUUACAAGUCUUUGUUCCUGGCGGAGUAAAGCUGGACAUUUACUGCAGCACAUUGUGUACGGUGACAGGUCAUUGUACAGCUGUAGGACUAUUUGCUGAAUACAUAUAGCAUUGUUUUAAAUGUAUUUUUUCAGUGUUUUCCUCACAGUAUAUUGGUAAAAUGGUGUAUGUUGUGCUCAACAAAUGUUUUCUAUCUGAUUAAUAAAAUGAGCAUGUAUAACAGAA